CAAAACAAAGCGUGUGUGUGUACGGCGGCGGCGCCGCACGGAAGUGAUUGCGUGCGCUACGCACACACACAUACACGAAUACACACACACAUACACGUACACAAUCCACACAAUAGAAUGAGAGGAAUAACAACGACGGUGUUCUUUAAUAGAAUAUUUUAAACGGGUGUGUGUGUCUGUGAGUGGGUCGGGGAGCGCACCGCGGGUGUGUGUGUGUGUGUGAGAGUCGGUCGGGGGAGCGCUUCACCGCGGGGGGCCAGCCGUCAGUAGCGUCCACCGCCCGGCGGCCCAGCAGCCUCCGUCUCCGCCAUGCCGUCCUACUCGGAGCUCCGGAAGACCAACCGCUUCUACUACUUCAUCAAAUUCACCCUCAACAUCUACUCCAUGCUCUUCUCGCUGAUGGGGCUCUGUGUGCUGUGUGUGGGGGUGUACGCGGAGGUGGAGCGCCAGAAGAACCGCACCCUGGAGGGGGUGUUCCUGGCCCCGGCCGUGGUGCUCAUCCUGCUGGGGCUGGUGAUGUUCACCGUGUCGCUGGUGGGCAUGGUGGGCUCGCUGAGGGACAACAAGACCCUGCUGCACAUGUUCCUGUGUGUUCUGUGUGUGCUGCUGCUCCUUCAGGCCGUGGCUCUCAUCACCGCACUCAUCUUCGAGAAGAAGACCUCGGCUCUGUUCCAGAAGAGCAUCCGAGAGGGGAUCAAGCACUACUACGACGACCUGGACUUCAAGAACAUCCUGGACUUUGUGCAGCAGAAGUUCUCGUGCUGCGGCGGGGACGAGUAUAAGGACUGGAGCGUGAACCAGUACCACUUCUGCAACGGCACCGGUCCGCUGGCCUGUGGCGUGCCGUACACGUGCUGCCUGCAGCGCGAGGUUGGAGAAGUGGUCAACACAUUCUGUGGCUACAAGACCCUUACUCAACAGCGCGAGGCGUUGCACGAGCUGAUACACGUGCGCGGCUGUAUCCACGCCGUCAACCUCUGGAUGAGCGACAACAUCGGGAUGACGGUGGCCUUGUGCUGCGCCAUCGGCCUGCCCCAGCUGCUGGGCAUCAUGCUGAGCUGUGCCUUCUGGAACCUUCUGGUGGACAUGAGCGAGUCCACCGACAUGGUGGACUUCCGGCUGCUGAAGAAGUCGUUCCAGUACAGCGAGCUGGACCUGGCGGGCGCCGGCUGGUGCAUGUGUCUUCCCCGGGACGGGGGCUACCUGCCGGUCCCGGCCAGCGAGCCCGAGCUGGACCCCAUCGACCUCCACCUGCAGAAGCUGAAGAAGCAGCCCCCCCGCACCCACUCGCAGCUCCGCGAGCUGCAGGAGUCGCUGUCGGCCACGGGUCUGGACGAGGUGGACGCCGGGCGCAAGAUCAAGAGGGAACACUGAGACGCAGGGGGGGUCCUUCGGGCGUCGCCGCGUCUCCACGUCUCCGCUGUUCCUCGUAGCGCUUCGGGUUUUGUUUCGAGGUUUGGUUUUGGUUCGGUUCUUCCGUUGGAUCGGUUUGUUAAUUUUUGGUUUGGUUGUUGUACAGUUGUUGGUUUGUCUUGUCGGAAGUCUUGUUGCACUACUUAAAAAGAUGAAGCUAUCUAUCGAAGAAUCGGGGGGGGUUUCGGUUGUUCGGAAGGAAUUUGACGCGACUUAGCACUUUUUUCGGUUAAUUCAGUUGCUUUAUGGCAAAAUGUGAAAAUCAAACGCAGCUGUUAGGUUUUUGGAAACCCAAAUAAUUUAUUGCCUCAAGUUUAUCGACGGUUAGAAAUUAAAAUUAUAUUCUGCGAUAUCGGUUGUAUCAGUACGGUUUGUUGAAGUACCGCCAACUAGUGGCAGACCAGGGGAUACCGGACAGGCAUGGUGCACUACUGUAACCAGGGCUUUAAAUUUACAUUUGAAUGUUUGCUUCUGGAAUGUUCCACUCCAGAGAACCGUUUAAAAGCAGUUCAGUUACUGCGAGGACUUAAGCUCUUAUCCUACGUAUUAUCACUGGAGCUUUGUUUUUAUUUGAAACAAACUCUAGCUGUGCGAUUUAGCAACUCAAGUACUUUAAAGUAAAAUUUAUAUCCAAGUCCUUCAAAAAAAGAUGAUUGGGUGUUUUUUUCCAUCUCAGAGUGAACUGCCUCGGAGCUCACCGGAACCAUCAAUACUAAUCUGCCGUGGUGCUGAGCUCGCUGUAUUUAACUUUAUUUAAACAUCGGGUUUCUCUUCUGGCGAUCGGAAAAAGAACCAAUGAGACAUUCCUGUUCAUGUUGAGUUAUUCUAUACAUAUUUCAGGUAUCAACCGUUUGUUUUUUACAUAAAUGUUUUGUGCAAUUUUUAAUCGUAUAAUGAAGUUUAAUUCACCAUUUCACCUUUUUGAUCAGCUCUUUUUUUUUUAUGUAAUAUUUUACUAGUGUUACCAGUUUCUGGUGAAACGAUGUCAUUUCGUACUUUGAAGAACAGAAACAGAUUCAACCUUUUAGACGCUUUUCUCUCUUGAUUUCCGUGUUCUAGGUGGUGUUUAAUCCAAGCCGAGCGCUCAGAGUGCUGCUGCUUACCUCAGGCCGUUUCCCACGGCCCCGUGUCCCCCAACACUAUUCAAACAAACAAGCUUCUGAUAAGGGUCCCAAUGUCGGACCAGUAUGAAGGGGCCACACAUCUUGCGUGCUGCAUCUGUGACGGAUUUAGUAUGUACGUUUUUUUAUGAUUUUUUUAUUUGUGCAAUGGGUUAAUAUUGUAAGAUUGACAGCUGUGGAGUAAAGACAGGAAUGCAUGUUUUGUAACGUAUGACGACUUAUUAACAAACCGCUGUACAGUUGUGAUGGGUUAUUUUUAAGGGGUUCUCAGUCCAUUGUAUAUUUUUAAUGACUCUUUUCGUUGGUCCGCGUGUCUAAAGUCCAGCUGAAGUAAGGUUCAGGCGUUCUUUAUCGGGUGGGUCUCAUGUGCUGAGCGGCCCUCAUGCCUUGUGUCUACACUGCUGGUCUUGUCAAUAAAACAGAAUUUGUCUACUGAAACUGAA